AUGAGUGUAAGUGCAUCAUCGACAACCAAUGUCGCUUGUGUAUGGGGCGCCAACGGGAUAUCUGGUAUAGGAAUGAUCGAUACGCUUAUCGAACAAUCCUAUAGUGAAUUCAGUAAAAUUAUAUGCAUAUCUCGACGACCAAUGCAAAUCAAUCUUACAGAUGAUCGUAUUCAUUUCAUUUCAAUUGAUGUUAUGGAAGCUAGUGUUGACGAUAUUGUCGAUGAGUUGAUUAAAGCCGACGGACGUACAAUUACGCAUAUGUUUCAUUAUGCAUAUAUUUCGAAAAUGGAUGAAACCGAACAGGAUCGUGUUAAUAAGGCACUCUUACAGAAAGCACUUGAUGCAACCGCAAAAAUAGCUGGUGAAAAUGUGAAAUGUGUGUCAUUACAAACGGGAUAUAAAUACUAUGGCGUACAUAAAGGACCACAACAUAUGGCUGCACAGCCGUUUGUUGAGGACGCACCUCGUCAUGAAGGGGUGAAUUUUUACUAUACUCAAGAAGAUCUUAUUAAAGAGUAUGCACAGAAAAACAAAUGGAAUUAUACUAUUACACGUCCGAAUUUAAUUAUUGGAGUGUCGAAAGGAAAUUUUAUGAAUUUUGCUGUGAGUUUGGCAAUCUAUGCAAGUGUGCAAAAAGAAAAAGGUGAACCAUUGAUUUUUCCCGGACAUGAACUUGCUUGGAAUAUUGUUCUCGAUCAUUCGAGUUCAUUGAAUAAUGCACGAUUUCAAUUAUGGGCAGCAACUAAUGAUCAUACGGCAAAUGAAAUAUUCAAUAUACACGAUGGUGAUAAGGUUCAAUUUCGAAUACUGUGGCCAAAAUUCGAAAAAUAUUUUGGCUUUGCGCAUCACGAACAAAAGUUUUCCGAGAAUAAGAUGGCGCCGCAACUGGUUUUGUUUGAAUACAUGAAACAAAAUAGAGCAAUCUGGGAUGGAGUUGUUCAACGCCAUAAUCUUGAUCAAGGAUCGUUUGAUUAUGCGACAUGGAUGUUCUCUAAUUUUCUUCUUAAUGUUCCAUACAAUACUGAAGGCGAUUUGAGCAAAGCGAGAAAGUAUGGAUGGACGACGACAGUUGACACUGCCGAUGCUUAUAUUCAAUGUUUCGAUCGAUUAAAACAAAUGAAAGUUAUUCCAUAA